GCUGUUCCAUCCGGCGGUCUGCAAGGCCCACUGGUGCUCCGGCCCCCACCCCUGCCUGCACGUACUUCGAUGAGCACUGGGCCUCUCGCCGGCUGUUGGAUCUGGACCCCUCCUCCUCUCCCGGAACAUUCGAAGAAAUUGUCUUCCGAAUAGCCGGCCUAGGUUGAGUAGUGCAGGUGGCGAGGAUUUUUAAUUUUUAAUUAAAAAACAAUUCCUUAUUUUUUUCUCUUAAUGUGUUGGAGAUGCAGACUCACUUGAAAACGCAUUAUGUUUGUGUAGUCUUGGAUCGUAGGUUUUGUUUUUUUGGUGAGGUAGUGGCGAUGUGACGCUAGGGCAGUCUGGAGGGGAUUUUUAAAGGAUUGUAGAAGUUGGAAUUUUUUUGAAGCAGGCGCGCGGCAGUUUUCCUUUUAAAAGAAAAACAAAACUUCAAGGUUCGGACUGCUGCGCAUAGGUUUGGGAUGUGAUGCAUGGAGUCCGCCCGUAGUUUGGUGUUUUUUUUCGUGUCUGGUGUAUGUGGUUGGUUUGGAUCUGGUGGAGGACCAGGAAUUCGCGGCCGUUAAGGUUUGGUAUAUGGUUGUACGGGAAUGGGAGUUUCAUUUCGUGAGCCUACAUGGAGUCAUCCGAGGUACAGGAUGAUGUAGCUUCUUCAGAGGGUUACGUGCAACGACCGAAGGAACAAAUGAUGGGCGAUUCAGGAGAAGCGCACAAUGAUGCUGAGACAUCCAAUGAGGAAUCCAGCAUGCAGUUCAAUUUUGUAAUUGAGGACUUGAAGCAGGAGCUUCGAAGGCUGGAGGAGGAGAACCAACUUCUGAGGGGUGCAUCCAAUGAAUCCUGCCAAUUGGUGGACGUUUUGCCGCUAGAGGACACGCGUCUGGAGGUGGAAGGUAGUGAGGUAGAGUUGUCAAUUCGCGAGGAUGAAGUCGAGGGGCUUAAGCCAGUAGCAGAGGUUGAGGCACCGAAGGCACAGUUUCAAAUAGUCAAUGAAAGUCAUGCUCAGUUAGAAUCCGAGAUAUCAGCUUUCAAGCACGAGGACGAGGAUGAGGUUUGUAGGUUAUCUAGUCAAUUAGAAUAUCUUGAGAAACAGCUCCGUGAGCUUGAGGUAGAGCACGGCAGUGUUUCAGUGAAGUCUAGAGAUUCAGAGUCCGCCCUAAACAAUGUUAAUGAGGAAAAUAUUAAACUGACGAGUCAAGUAGCGGUUGUUUUAGAAGAUAGACAGAAAAGGGAAGAGAAGCUUGUUGGUUUGCUGGAGACUUGUCAAGAACACGUCUGCGCUUUAGAGGUCAAGCAACAUGAUUUAUUGUCCACUAUUGAGAUAUCAAACGCUGCGAUACGCCAGCUUGAAUACAGGAAUGCUUCGUUGUCGAGUGAAUAUGAUGAGCAGAAGCGAAUCGCAGAGAGAAAAAUUUCGGGUUUGGCUUUUGAACUCCAGAUCACACGGGAUCAGCUUCUCGAUCUGCAACUACAGCUACAGGGCCUCCGCGAAGAAAAUACGCACGUUGUGAUAAAAGCAAGCAAGCUAGAUCAACUCGUGGAGGAGUUAAAAGCUGACAAGCAAAGCCUUAGCAGUGAUCUUGAACGACUUGUUCAAGAGAAGGAACGAAGGAAUGGGGAAUUAGAGGCUGAGCUCAGAAUCUGUAAGGAGCAUGUUCAGAGCUUGGAGGUGGAGAAAUCGACAUCAGCGACAUUAGUUGAUAGUCUUAACACCCGAGUACGAGAGCUAGAAGAGGACAACAAACAUCUCAUAGAUGAGUCCAAUGAAGCUAGCCAAUCGGUGCAGAAUCUUUGGGAACAGCAGUCACGGCUUAUUGAGGGUUACAACAAGCUUGAACAGGAUAAACUGGCAAUAGAAGCAGAGAGAAUGGAGUUAGUGGCUGGUAUUCAGACAGUCUGGGAGCAGCUGCGGGCAGCUCAUGAGCGUGAAGCACUGCUCACCUCUGACUUGCGAGAACUUAGUGAAAGAAGAGAUGUUGAGGAAGCUAUCUUCGAACAAAAGAUAAGGAGUUUUGAAGAACAGUUGUUAGCAUUGGACAAGGAAAAAGAUGAACUAAGCUCCAAGUCUGUAGAAACUUCCCAAGCCCUUGAGGCGUUAAGACAGGAAACCUCCCACAACAUCAAUACUUUGCAAGAGGAGAAGCGUGAACUUGCAGAAGAGGUUGCUAAACUUGUGAAACUGAAAGAGGAAGCAGAGCAAGUGAUAGACUUGAAGGAGAUUGCUUGGGAAACGCAAGUCCGAGGUUUAGAAGCUGAGAAGGCCGAAUCUAUCAGCAAGGGUGAAGAUCUGGAGCAACGCUUGCAAAUGUCAGGAGAAGAGAUAAAGAAUCUGAUGGAUAAAGUAGAAAAUUUUAAUCAACUCAUUCAAGAAUUACGAGAAGAAACGACUCGGUUGAAGAGUGAAAUUGACAAGCUUGAGGAAGUGAAAGAAAGGCAAGAAGGAGAACGUCUGGAACUAGCAGCAGAGUUGCAGGCUGCUUGGGAUCAGAUCCAAGCAGUUCGAGAUAGCGAGGCCAAUCUAGCCACAGAACUCAGUGAAGUCAAGGACCAGAGGAGCAAUGAGAAACUGAAAUAUGAUGGAUUAGUUCUGGAGCUUCGUCGGCAGCUACAAGAAGUUGAAGUGAAAAAUUCCGAAGCAAUAACUAAAGUUGGGGAAUUGUCUAAACGACUCAAUGAGUUGCGCAAGGAACAGGAACUACAAGAUGAGAACGGUCGCUUGGCAGCCGCAAUAGCUAUGCUGGAGCAGGACAAGGUCAGAAUGCUGACCGAGAACGAACUUUUAUUUGAGGAGAAAAAAACUCUGUUACAUCGUGUAAAUACUCUGGAGUACGACAAAAACAAAAUGGCUUACGAAAUAGAGGAACUCAACCAAUGGCUUCAAGGGCCAGCAGCUGAGAAGAAACAGCUAGCAAAAAAUUUAGAUGAGACAACUCAGCUGCUCAAGGGUUUGGAACUGCAAAACUCUCAGUUGCAAGAAGAGAAGGAAAAGAUGCUAGAAGAUACUCAAAAGCUGCAUGAUGCGAUCAAUAUCUUGGAGAGAGAAAAAGCGAAGUCGUUGAUAGAACAUGAUGACUUUACCCGGCAGUUGGAGUCCCUUGAGGAAGAGAAACGCCAUGUUAUGAGCAUCCAGGAGGAAUCCAAUCUCUUGGUCCAAAGUUUGAAUGAGGAGAUUAAUACUCUCAGGGAGGGUUCCACAAGGAUGAUUUCUGUUCACGAUGUUAAUCUUAUGCGGAUUGAAUCCUUAGAGAAGGAAAAAUCUGACAUUGAGAGAGCGUUGGAAGAUAAGAGUGCUGAGUUAAGUCACUUACAUUUGAAGAACGCUGAGAAUGUGGACCUUCUUGUAAAGGUUGAAGUAGAGUUAUCGCAAAAACAGAUGGAGGUUGAUCUGUUGAAGGACCGUGUCCUUGGUCUGGAGGAUAGUAGUUCGAGCAUGAAAGAAUCACAAGAAAAGUUACUCUCUCAGUUGCAGGUUUUGGAGACCAUGGAAUCUCAGUCAUUACAGACAAUUCAGGAAUUGACUGAUUUAAAUAGCAAUUUGAUGGAGCAGCUUCAAAUUUUGGAAGUAGAAAAAGAUACGAAUGAGUAUCAGCGCAAAGAGUUAGAUUCUCAGCUUGUGUCUACGAGUGAUGAGAAAGUUCAAUUCCAACGUUCAUUUGAGGAAUCACGAAAUGCGGUGCAAGAGCUGCAGGUGAGAAACUCCGAAUUGAGUGAGACAAUUCGUGGACUGGAAGAGGAGUUGAUGAAACGGCAUGACGAAAUCCAGUUGAUGAGUGGUCAUUUGUCUAGCUUGGAAGAAGAAAAAGAUAAGCUUCUCUUUGAGCAGAAAAAGCUAUUCGCUCGGAUUGAGUUGGCGGAGAAAGAGGCAAUUGAUUUUAGGAAGUCGAUUGAUAGCUCGAAUUCUGUUCUUGGGAAGUUGCAAGCAGAGAACUUAGAGCAUAUCAGCAAUACCAAAUUUCUGGAGACCGAGAUGGAAAGAAGGCAAGUGGAGGCAGAGAGACUUGAAGAGCAAAUGGAGAGCUUGUCUACUGCACAUCAGAAUGCACUCCUUCAGCUCCAAGAGUUGGUAGAGGAGAGAGAUGAACUGAUCAAGGCCCUUGAUGCAUCCACUUUAUCUGUUCAGAAGCUCCAAGCUGAUAAUGUAGAGCUCUCAAGUAAAUUUUCUUCUGUCGAAGAGGAGUCGAAAAGACUGCAAGCACAGGUUUGGGAAACUGAAGAGAAGAUGGAGAGUUUGUCGACUGUGCAUCAGGAACAACUACUUAAGCUUAAGGCUUUUGAAGAAGGCAAGGCUGAAUUGGUGGAGUCUCUCAAUGUCUCCAAAUUGUUUGUUCAAGAGCUGCAAGCAAAAAAUGUUGAAAUAUCGGAUAGAGUUAAGUUGCUUGAAGAAGAGGUGGCGCGAAGUCAAGCUGAUAGACAGACACUCGAAGAACAGGUGAGGUCUCUGUCUACUGCUCAUCAGGAUUCACUCCUCCAGCUGCAUUCCUUGAAAGACGAGAAGGCUAAAUCGGUGAAAUCUCUUGAAGUUUUCAAAUUUUCUGUUCAAGAUUUGCAAUUAAAAAUUGUAGAGUAUGAGGGCACAAUCAAGGUAUUUGAGGAUGAGGUGGACCGACGGCAAGCAGAGGUGCGGAGACUCGAAGAAAUAGUAGAAAGCCUGUCUACCGCACAGAAGGACUCGCUCCUCCAGCUUCAAGUUCUGAAAGAGGACAAGGAUGAAUUAGUGAAUUCACUUGAUUCCUUUAAUCUACUUGUUCAGAAACUACCAGCGGAGAAUCUAGAACACAGCAGAAAAGUUGUUUUACUGGAGGAGAAGAUGGAGAGCAAUCAAGCAGAGAUGCAGUUGGCAGAUGCUGCCAGUAACCUUGAAGAAGUACAAAGACGAAAAGACAAGAUAGAAUUUCGGGAUUCGCUAGUGCAUAGCUUUGAUGAGAAGAGUUUUGGAGAGACGUCCAAGGAUCAUGGUUCACAUCUUUCAGGGCAGUCACUGGGAGAUGAGAAGGUUGAAGAUGCCUUAAUUUUGAAGAAUUGGGAAUCUGAGAAUUUGAAACUUAGUGUCACCAUGAGAAACCUUGAGCUAAUUAUACAGGAAGAGCGUCAGAAUUUGAAAGAGCAGGUUCAGAGAUUGGAACUUGAGAAACAAAUCUUUGAACAGGAUUGCGCUGCGAAGUUACGCUGUUUGGAAGAGGAAAAUUCUCAAUUGCUCAUAUCCCUUGAAGAAUCGAAACUCGCUGCUGGGCAUCUUCAUGCACAAAUAGCCUCUCUGGAAGUCUGUGUACAUGAUAUUGGGAGAGACAAAGACGAAUUGGCUAACCAGAUAAUUCUGUUACAAGAGCAGAAUGGUGACGUUGUUACAGAAAAGGGUCACCUUCUGAGUGAAAUGCAGGGCUUGGGGGAGCAACUGCAGGACUACGCGAAAAGAUUCCAGGAAGCUGAUUAUGAUGCAAAAAAGUACAACGAGGAAGCACUGGAGCUUGCUAAGCAGUUAGAGACAUUUAAGGAACAGAUGGUUAAUUUGGUGGAUGAGAACUCAAACCUGACCAGGCAGCUGGAAAUGUCAAUGCAGUUAGGAUGCUUAUCCACGCGUAAUUAUGACCAUGUGAAAGAUCUGCAACCUGGUCUUGAUCGACAAAGUUUAGCUUUUGGGCUACCCAGGCGUAAUGACGACCUUGUGAAGGAUCUUGAGCCUGAUCUGGAUCGGCAAGAGUUAUGUUCUGAACAGAUGGAUGUUUCAGACUUGACUGUUGCAAAUAUGGACCCAAUGGAGGAGCUUCAACAGGCCAUUUUGGGCUGGGUAGAGUUUAUUAUGGCUGUUUGUCAGGAGCUUGCUAAGCUACUGAGAAGUGUUGGUGAAGAAAAGGAAAAAUUGGAACGAAAACAGGGAAUAAGUAACCAGAAGGUAGAUAUUUUGACAAGACUGUGUCAGGAGCUGGACGAUUUGAUAUUGAAUGUGAGAGAGAAGACGAAGAGAUUUGCUGAAGAGCUGAGUUUUCUGAAGCAGAAAUUGGUGAAAUCAAGAAGUGAGAGGGAUUCGCUCGAUGUUGAUGGUGAUGUUUGCGUCGAAAAUUCUCAGCAUCCCUCGGUGGGAGUGUUAGUUGAGGAUCCAGAGACAAUGCUGGAGCUGGACACCUGUCAGAAGCUGCAGUUACAUCACGAGGGGAAAACAGAGCUGGAAGCACAUGUUUGCAGUUUGUCUUCAUAUUUGGAGGAUUCUCAAGGUCAAUUAAAGGCAUUGGUUGUCAAGAGUUCCACAGGAAAUCCCUAUUUGCUCACGUCCCGAGCAGAUGGUGGUGAUCGACAGGGAUUGGCUUGCUUUUCAGCGGAUGGGAAUUGUAUUAUCAACUAUGGGAGAGAACUUAAAGUGAGAAGAGACCUUAAGGCUCUAGAGCACGAGAAGAAAGAAAAGAAAGAGAAUGCCACACAUUCUACAUUCUCUCAGAGAAAUCAAACGCCGGCACGAAACUUCAAGAAAUGCAAAGUCACCAUGCCGCAGCCCAAGCGCAGGUGGAUAUUCUGAUUUUUGUAUAGUGGAAGAGAAACAACAGCCGUUCGACGUUAAGUUUGGAUGAUCCUUCAGGAGGUGGUGUUUUCAUAGUGACAUCAGCAUGCUCCCAAGGUUUCACAUUUUGCGGUUGAUUUAGAGGAACUGCGGGAAUGGACUAAGCUUUACAGUUUUUUUUUAUGAAAAUAUGGACGAUAAUCUUUUCUUUUUAUUUAGGCAAGUGGCCAUUGGCUGCACGCCAGGACCUCAUCUUGUUUGAGGUUUAAGGCUGAGAAUUAAGAUCACUCGUGAAAAUUUAGUUUUGGAUAGUCUUCUCUUACGUCUUUGUCCCCCGUUCAGUUAAUGUGAGGCUCCCUUUUGUAAAGAUAGAAUAAACCCAGAGGGAUGCAGUCCAUUGAGAUAGUUGUGGGAACACGAAAAGUGGUGAGAGGUUUUUAUUAGGAUUACAAGUAUAGCAUAGGAUUAUUGGGCAACCUUUUCUCUACUCCAGGUGAAAAGGGCUUCAAUUUUACCAUCAAGCUGAAGACUGGUUUAAGACGGCUUGGAGCAUCGUAGCAAGGGCUCCGGAAAAUUCUUGAGACACAAUUGCUGAGAAUCAAGUUGUGGUGAGUCAUGGGCCUUUGGCUGAUAAUAUAUAAUCUUAUCAGUGGCUUAUGUUACUUGUCACCAGAUAAUGAGACGAAGUGUUGAACGCAGUUUCACGGUUCAGCUUUCCUCUGUUCAGGAUUGAUGAUCCCUUCCGCCGCGACCACAGUUCUGGUAAUCGCGCAUGUUAAGAAGUUAAAGUAUUGUGCCUUUUUCUAGUUACCUUCGAGUUCUAAGUAGAUUUAGUGAAGUCGUUUCAAGUUCUUGUCUGUUGCGUAGAUUUAAGAGUGAUCUGUUCACUCUCGGCAGGUAGUUAACAUGAAUACCUUAUCACGAGUUUUGCUCCGGUGAUUUUUUUCACCUAGUUGCCUCACUGUACUCUAUUUUCUCUUACCUAAACUUUACCCGGUUGGGUAUGUUCAUCUCAAGUUAA